GGGUGGAUCUUUUGCAACAUCGGAAAAGCAGAAGCCAGAUCAGUAAAGGAAGUUGCUGGCCACAAGGAGGUAGAGAUGGUCCUGCUCAACUCAGUCUUCCACUUGAGAAUGUCUGAGCGUGUGUUUUUAUUUACCCUGAUUCUCUCUGGACUGCUGAGUGCCCCAGUGCCCCUAGACAGUGCAACCUCGACUUCCUGACAGCCCUGCUGGUCUCACUACCUGAACAGAAUCUGGCUAUGGCUCGGAUCCUCCUUCUUUUGCUGUCGGCAGCAUGUCUGCACACUGGGAACUCAUCAGGAUACAGAAGAGUAAAUGACUUUGGUGUCAACCAACCAGCUGUCCUCUCUGGAGUCCAGGGCGGCUCCAUCGAGAUCCCCUUCUCCUUCUAUUUCCCCUGGGAGUUGGCCAAUGAUCGGUCAAUGAGCAUAGCCUGGAUAUGGAAGUACUUCCAUGGGGAAGUCAUCUACAACUCCACCCAGCCUUUCCUUCAUGAGCAUUUUAAGGGCCGGCUCAUCAUGAAUUGGACACAGGGUCAGACAUCUGGUGUCCUCAGAAUCCUGAACUUAAAGGAGAAUGACCAGGCCAGAUACUUCAGCCGAGUUUUUCUGCGAACAACUGAAGGCAUGAAGUCGUGGCAGUCAAUCCCUGGCACCCAACUCAUCAUUCAUGCUCUCAAUACUACCAUGGGGAGCCCCUCUAUCAUCCCCUCUGCAGUCCCCACAGCUGGCCUGGAGGACAAAAGGGGCCAGAGGAAUCCUUCACUGCUGAACCUGGGAGUCAUGGUUGGGAUGGUCUUGGCCAAAGUUGUGGUCAUCAUCCCCCUGUAUGGAUGGAUGAUCUUCCUGUGGUGGAAGCAAAGGUAAGUGGUCCAGGAGAGGCCUCACCCAAGCUUCCCCACAGGGAGUGUUCUCAGCUGUGGGAGAUGGAGAAGGGUAGGGAACAGUAAAGAGAACAGAAGGAGGGAAAUUUGCCUGAUCUCCCCAAGAACUGCAUGGAGCCUGCUGUCCUUCCUGACCAUCUGGAAAUCAGAGGAGCAAAUGCAGAUGAACACAGUGCCUGCUCCUAAGGAAUUCAAGUAGCCAUGCAGGAACCUCAGGGGCUGACUGUUCAUCUGGAAGAACUGUGUCUGCUAUAGAACAAAUGAGGGUAGACCAGCUUUUGCAGACAACAUGUUACAGAAAGUGAUAUGUAUAAGUAGAGACACCUAUUUGAGUUGGACAUGUAUAACUGAAAUGGAAAUUAAUGGACACAGAAAGAGAAAGAAAUGUGUAUGGAGAACUUAACACUACAACAAGCAAGAGUUGGACACUAGAAAUCUCACCCUCCUCAGCAAAAUCAUGAAACGCCCAUUGGAGUGUCUCAGUUGAAGUGAUUUUUCCACAAACAGUCACACGAGCAUCACCCCAGGAGCCAUAUAAAGAGUUGUCAGCCUGGGCUCCAACCUCAUAGGUAGCAAUGAAUAGCCUAGUAAGAGCACCAGUGGAAGAGGAAGCCUUUGGUCCUGCCAAGACUGAACACCUAGUGAUCGUGAUUGUUGGGGAGAGAGCGGUAAUGGGCGGAGGAUGGGGAGGGGAACACACAUAUAGAAGUGGAGGGGGAGAGGUUAGGGGGAUGUUGGCCCAGACACUGGGAAGAGGAAGAACAAUCAAAAUGUAAAUAAGAAAUACUCAAGUUAAUAAAAAAAACUUGUGAGAUGCUAGGACAGCCUGAUAUGCUAGGAUCCCUGUGGCUCCCUGUGCUGCUCACCUUAUGUACUGGGUGUGACCAAUGACUGACUUGUCUCACAAUCCAGAGAGGACAGCUCCUAAAGGAAAAUGCCCAAGGUUGUCCUCCAGCAGCACAUGAGUAUUCACAUUUGCAAAUAUUCACAUAUGGUUAUGCUCUGUUCAAAGUAAAUUUUGCAAAAGACUAGAGAAGUACCCUAAAUUCAAGCAUAUUGGCAGAAUGGAAAAAUUUAUACAUUAUGUCCCUGCAAAACACACACAGACAUAAGCAACACACAAACACACACAAACACACACACACACACACACACAGACACACACACACUUGAAAAUACAAUGUUCUUUUGCAAAAUCUCAUUACAUUUUUGUAUAAAUAACUUGUCUUCAAAUAUUCAUGGGUACUCUAAGAAAUAAAAAUGGGGACAGAGAGGGGGACAAAAUAAUUCCAGCCCUUGGGAAAUCCAGAGAGGAGAAUCAGGGGUUCAAGUCUAUCUACAGCUUCAUAGGAAGCUGUAGGCUACUGGGCUCCAAAUAUCUUGCACACCCAACUCAAGACCUACAUGUGAACUGAGGUCAGAGUUGUUUUAAAGCCAUUGGGACUACAGGAUAAGGAUGGAGAUUCCUAGUUUUUGGAGUGUAAAGAAGUUUACAAAUGAACAUUUAAAUGUGUGUCCCACUCUUUGAGACAGGCUCUGCCCUCUGUCACUGUAAGUAGAAGAACUGAGAGGUGGAAGAGCAGCAGCCUGAAUGACCGCAGAAAUCUGACUGGGAUGAAAUCCCUGAGUCUCAAACUGCUGGUUGCAGCAGCCUACACUGAGAGGGACAGCUAGAAAGCAAGAUUUCAGGGAGGCAAGAGGGAGGCACAGUGAGUGCAGAGCAGAAAAGGCAGAGAUGUGUCAAGAAAGUAGAGUAGGGAAAAGGACAGAAAGGGAGACAGGAUACGGCUGAGUUCACUAGUAGUCAUCUGACAUCUUGUGUUGUACAGAAAGUAGCCUAACUCCUGGCCUCAGGUCCUGCUGAUUCUCAGACCUGUGCCUGCCUUGAUGCAAGAGACAUGUGUGAUGGCCUGGUCCCCUCCUGUUGUCUGCACACAGAGAACAGCAGAGAGGCAGGAAUGAGAACCAGUGUGGCUGACACACUGACACAGUUUCUUCUCCUACAGGCCAGCAGAAUAAAGACUAAACUCUAGUAAGGUGAGUGCCUGUCAUCUCAAGGGACAGAAGAGGAGCUGAUGGAAAGUUCACUAUGAGAGGCAUGGAAGGGAGCCAGAGCGAUGAUUCAGUCAGAAACACCUGGCACAGAGGCAGGAGGACCUGAGUUUGAUGGAUCAGGAAAUCACACCCAGGGAUGUGGCAGGAAUUUGCAAUCCCAGCCCUGGUCAAGCAAGAGAUGGGCAGAGACAUAUUGGCUGAACACCAAGUAUAGGACACUUGGUGAGUUCCAGGCCUGUGAAAGAUUGUGUCUUUAAAAAGUAGGGGUAUUGCUCAAGGUGAUAAAUCAUGGACAUAACAUUUUCUAAAUUGAUUUUACCUGAAAUAUUUUAAAUUACACAUUAAGGAAGAAAAAUAAUAUAUGCCAGUGAGAAAGCUCAGUGGGAAAUGCCCUCUGCUGCCUAGCCCAGUGACCUGGGAAUGAUUUCUGCGGACCCAAAUGGUACACAGAGAACACUGACUCUGGAAAUCUGUCAUCUGUCUCUCCUGAUCGCCCACCAGAUGCUGGUAACAAAUAAUUUUUUAUUCCUCAACUAACAGGCUACUCCGUACUAGGAUCUCUCACCAGGGAGGUGAAUUUACAUCAAAGUAGUUGUUGGUGAUUACACACCCUGCAUCCCACAGCCUUCCAUGUCUUCUCGCUGGGAGUCAGUCAUCAUGGCUGCAGGAUUCUCCUGUGAAAGUCAUUCUUGGAUAACCCCCACUUCUACCAUGGGGACUCAGACACGCUCUCCUUGGAACCAAGGUCCUCCUGUGUAUUUCUGGGCCUGAAAGCCUGACUGUGCUGUUGUCUCUCUGCUCAUGGAGUUAUUGACACUGUUAAUAAAUAUCUUACUCCCAGCAAUCCAUCUCAGUGUCUCUCCUGAGCCUCUGUCUUUUCCCCUUCCUGACACUUCUUAGAGAGUGUAGACUGUGUCUAGGGUGUAGGUCACUGGGAUAGAUGUAAGGGCCAUGGUCUUCAUUGAAACCCACAGCCUGACAAUCAGAGUUUUCCUCUUCUUUACUCUCUGGAUGCUGACAUCUCAUCCAGAGCCCACCCGUCCUCCCCACAUGCUUCACAUCAAGUGUCAGAGCGUGGCUUGCUUGGGUCCCAUGUUGAGCUUUCUUUACUCACAAGCCAAACUGUAUGCCCUCACUUUUUCAUUUCCUGCCAUGUUGACAUUCUGCAGUCUCCAUUGUCUCCUGAAAUGGGAAAUUUGUCCCCAAGGCCAGUCUGUCCUAAUAUUUGAUAGUUAGCAGGUCACCUUAUAAUAUAAAUUUGUGAGUACAGAGGAAACCAUCCAGAGUGACCCAGAAGGAAUGAUACCAUGCUUCUCAAGACAGAAGAAUUUCAUGGCCAUGCUCUAAAGAGAUCUACCAACCAUAGUGAGCCAUAAAUGAAGAGGUAUGGAAACAGCUCCAGUUCUCCAAUCACAAGCCUCAAAUGAACAUCAUCCAUGGGCCUAUUCUUGGUCAUUGGGAAGCUGUUUGGUCAUGAUGAGGUCACCAAAGCUCAUGUGGCUAAAGUGAAGUGCCCUGGAACAGCUGUGAGAUUUCUACUGUGGUUGUGACUGCAUCCUAGCCCCUGAGACUGAACUCUGCAGCUCUCAUGGGCAUGGUGAUUUUGGGCAUUCCUGGUGUGUUUACACAGAUGGCUGCCAAGAUGCUGGUCUGUCCAGUCCUCUCAAGGAGUCUCAUGCACCUGUAAGAAGGGGCCUUAAUCUAUUUGUUCAAAUGGUCAUGUGACUUCUCAGGUCCUUUUCCUUUGCAUAAGAGGGAAAAUCCAGAGAUAAGCCUACAGCAAAGACUUACAGAGCCAACAUUCUCAUCUCUGCAUAUGUGCUUAAGUUCAGGUUGUAUACACUUAGGCAGACUUCUGAUCUUCUGUCUCUGAUCUUCCAAAAGGGAACAUUAUGUUCCAACUAGAAAGUAGAUAUUGGCUUCUGCCCUGGUGACAAAUGUUUGGCAUUUAUGUUCCCUAGAUUGAACCAAUUAGUAAGAAAAAGGACUAAAAGAAUUUGGGGAUCAUAACAUUCAUGUCAUCCCAACAAUUGACA